UGAAGCUGGGAGCCGAGUGACAACUAAUGUGAAAGAAAUGCCGUAGCCUAGUAGCAUAGUUCUACAAAUUCACACACAGGACUGUUCUGUAGCUGUGCCUGAGCUGGCACUACAUAACGCCAAGUGGAUGUACCUCUGGUUGACUGUAUAUGCAGUGUGAGAGAAAGCGGUUCCUGGUUUCUUUUUUCAUGCUGUACCUUUGUUGGAAAACUGCAGGUCAGGGUAAUAAGUGGGUGUCACGGAUGCUUGGUGGAUGACGUCAGACCAGGAAAUACAGGCAAUUCUGUGGGCCAAAGUCACCUGAAGGCACUUCAUAUACAAUCAAGAAGAAAAAAAAAUCCCAACUAGAAAGAUCAGUUUAGCUGGAGUGGCUACACGGACAUCUGGAGGUUUCAAACUGACCCGCAGAAUAUGCCAGAAAGUCACAAUGAACUUGAACUACAACAGCACAGCACCCAGCUUGAUUUUAACAGCCAGCUCCUCAGGGAUCAGAGGCUACCAGGAUACAGAGUUUGUCCAAGGAACCAGAUGGCAGGACCACUUUGAUUUGCUACAUAAUGACACAGACACUCCACCCUCAUAUAAUGUCACCCAGCCACCCACACCAACCUAUGUCCCCCUCGGAGGACAUGCGGUUUGGCAAGUUAUCCUGAUUGUGUUUUUCACUGGCAGCUUAUCCCUGGUGACCAUCGUCGGUAACAUCCUGGUUUUGGUGUCUUUCAAGGUGAACAAGCAAUUAAAGACGGUCAAUAAUUAUUUUCUGCUUAGUCUUGCUUGUGCAGAUUUAAUCAUCGGAAUCAUUUCAAUGAACCUUUAUACUACCUAUAUAAUUAUGGAUCAGUGGGCCUUGGGGAACUUAGCAUGUGAUCUCUGGCUUGCCAUUGAUUAUGUAGCUAGCAAUGCCUCAGUCAUGAAUCUUUUAGUCAUAAGUUUUGAUAGGUAUUUUUCUGUUACCAGACCACUCACUUAUCGAGCUAAGAGGACAACCAAAAGGGCCGGAAUAAUGAUUGGCCUGGCCUGGUCCAUCUCUUUUGUUCUGUGGGCACCAGCCAUCUUGUUUUGGCAGUAUUUUGUUGGAAAGCGCACCGUGCCUCAUAAUGAAUGCUUCAUCCAGUUCCUCUCAGAGCCUAUCAUCACUUUUUGUACUGCGAUAGCUGCCUUUUAUCUGCCUGUUACCAUCAUGACCAUAUUGUAUUGGAGAAUCUACAAGGAAACAGAGAAGCGCACCAAAGAACUGGCCGGGCUGCAGGCUUCUGGCCGGGAUUCAGAGACAACACAAUUUGUCCACCAGACUGGCAGCUCACGGAGCUGCAGCAGCUAUGAGUUAACACAACCGGCUCUGAGGAGGCCAGCUAGAAAGAAGCGAGGUCGCUGCAACUUCUUGCCAAUGAUGAAGUCAUUGAAACCCAGCACUGAAGGAGACCAGGAGCACAGCAGUUGUGAUAGUUGGAACAACAAUGGCGCUGCUGCCUCCCUGGAGCAAUCUGGUUCCUCAGAUGAAGAAGAAAUACCUGCAACCAGAGCCAUUUACUCCAUUGUGUUAAAUCUACCUGGCCUCAAGACCGCAGUAAACUCCCAACUGGCUGCAAUAGAUGACUUGGACAUGUCUGAAGAUGACCACCAUAGAGUAAAUGUGAAAUGUAAGGACAGGGUAUCUAAGAAAGAGAACAAUGAAAAGGAUGACAACAGCUACCACCAGCAUUUCUCCAAGACUCCAGUUCAUUCAAUACCAACAAUAGAAACACCCGAGACCUCUGUGGCAGUUUCCCCAGCGACUAAGUCUGCAUCAAUGCCUUUAUCCUUCAAGGACGCAGCCUUGGCAAAAAGUUUCGCUUCAAAAGCCAGAACGCAGAUCACAAAACGGAAAAGAAUGUCACUUGUGAAAGAGAAAAAGGCUGCACAGACUCUUAGUGCAAUCCUUUUUGCCUUUAUCAUCACAUGGACACCAUACAACAUCAUGGUGUUAGUGAACACUUUUUGUGACGAAUGUAUCCCAAAAACCUUAUGGGACUUGGGCUACUGGUUAUGCUACGUGAACAGCACAGUGAACCCCAUGUGUUAUGCACUGUGCAAUAAAACUUUCCGAACCACUUUUAAAACAUUGCUGUUGUGCCAAUGGGAGAAAAGAAAGCGUCGCAAGCAGCAGUACCAGCAAAGGCAAUCUGUUGUUUUCCGUAAAAUAAUUCCUCUGCAUUCCUCCUAAUGGUACUGUAUAUAUUCCAGGUUGUAUUGUAUGAAGAAUACCGGUUCCAUGAUGACGUUUCUAAGUACAGUACAGGCUCUUUCUAACCCAGUGAAGCUGCUAUUAAGCAAAUUCUUCCUUUCAACCAUAUUUUUAAGACCUAAUAGUAACUGUCUCUUCCGGGAUGAAAGACAAAACAAAGGUAAUGAUGGGCUCAUAUCACUCUAAGGAACUAAAGAAAAAAGGGAUUUGAAAAGUGCCAUUGUUUCUAAUUUAAUUUUUUUAAAUUUUUUAAAUUUUUUUAAAUUGAGUGACCAAUUUAUUAUUUUUUAAAUUUAUUUUCCCCCAAUUUGGAAUGUCCAAUUAUAUUUUUUGAGUCCUCACACAGCACAGAUGUUCUGAGGGUGUGUGAGCAUCCUUCGAUCUCACAAGCCUAAAGUCAGAAUCGCAUUUAUGCCUAGCAAUCCAGAGCAGAGGUGGGCGGGCUACUGAUCAGCCCUGCUUUUUAUCCACUCUGAAUGUGCUCAGUGUCCCAGUAGGGUUUGCUGUUGCGCGAUGAGGAGAAGCAAUCCCUGCCGGUUUCCCAUCCCCCACCCUGGGAGUGUGCGAGCCAAUGUGGCCCCCUUCGGAGUACCCAGCAAAGUUCGCCUCUUUGCACAGCCCUGUGCUCCCAGCGGCAGCGCUUUAACUGGAUGAGCCACUCGGGGACCACAAGUCCCACUUUAUUAAACUUGGUUUAGGAUUUCCACAGUAAUAUGCCAAUAUCUGUAGUUACAGAUCAUUAAAGCAAGACAUGGCAACAUGAGUGUAACCCUUAUCUAUUUGGCAAAUACAUCGUCAGUACUGGACUAGCAACUGUGGGUACUGUAUUUGCUCUUUCCAGUUUCUGACGAUUGUAUUGGGGUUCAUUAGCUUUUCUUCAGUGGUCUUUUAUGAAUGUAGUCUUUGAAUACCCAGAUUAACUGCAAAUUGAUCAAAUAUUGAGCCAAAUAUCCAAUGCAAUUACUUUUUUUUUCAAUCAUCCUAUGUUCUAUUUAACUGUUUGCAAAUAUUGUAAUUUUGGUGGUCCCCAAACUGCCUUUGUAAGGGACGUCUAGUCUGUCAGUGUUGUCAGCACAGAGCUGAUGUAAAAGCUGCUUUUGUAUUCAGUGUGGGAUGGUGUUUACAUGGUUUAGACAAAAAGUGCAAGUAUUUUAAAUGGUGUCUGUGUAUCUGAAGUGUAUAUUUUUGAUGUCUUAUGUUUAUACAAAAUAUUUAUACACUUUGCAUAAUGUUUAUUUGAAGCUUACAGAUAUUACACCGCUUUUUCACAAUGCUGCAUCCUUUGGCAUGCCUGGAAUAGAUUCAAAUCCUCAAAUGCAAGUCCCUGUCUAGAAUUCUCAAACAGAUCACCUGAUAUUGCAAAUUAUAAAUCACAUAUAAGAAAUCAACCAGUCACAGUUAUGGAUUUUCCAAAAUUCCAGGACUGUGUACAGAUGUCAUCCAGUGCAUAGAAUAUACAGUACAAUUCAAGAUUUUAAAAAAAUAAGUUAACACGUUGUGUAUAUGUUAUCUCUUUAUAGUAUAAAUGUCAUUUUUGUUCACAGAUUGUGAUUCUUUUGCUCUGCAAGAGAUGCAAGAGAUGACGGCCCAGAUAUUCGAAAGGUUUGCGCACCACGCAGAGGGUUAUGCGCAUAAUGGCCUGUGACAGCGAUGACGAGUGGUCUGACGUCAGGCAGAAGCAGGAACAAAAAUACUGACACCGGGGAAGUACUGCAGUUCAAAAAGUCUUGCGCCGUUUUUUUAUUAAGCAAACAAAAAUAAAAUAAAUAUUUAAACAGAAAACACUUUGCUCAAAGAGCGAAAAUAAAAGGUUUCAACAAAACAAAAUCACAAACACAAAAAUACAUAAACAAAGGUCAGGCUGGGCAGAUUGCCUUCACUGUUCCUAUGUUUCUUUUAUUAAGUUUCGUUUUCGUUUUUACUCGCCGUCUCUCUGCUCUCUCGUUCCUCCUCUGAACUCCCACACCGAGCUAGAGCUCUGCAGGCUUUUUAUAACAGGUGACCAUCUCCCGAUUAGCAACAAAUUAAAUCACCUAAUUAAUUUGGGAGAUGGCCACCUUCUGCACGAGUUUGACAUAUAUACAAUAAUAAAUCAUAAUAAUAAUACAAAAUAACACAGGGGCGGAGGGGGACCCCGAUCUAAAAGUAAACAAACAAAACAAUGUACAGGGCACCUCGCCCGGUUACAUAUCCCCCCACCUUGUGCAACGCACACAUGGCCCCAACGGCCACCUCCCCCCUCAGUCUCAAAGUCCCGGAAGAGGGGGAAGCACAGUGUCCAUGGGGGUGGCCAUGGUGGGAGGUCCGGCACCCCCCAAUCUUUCGUGGCCGGCAGCUCCCCUCCGUGGGGCUCUGGCCACAGUGUUUCCUGCCACGGAAAUGCGGCUGGGGGAGCUGGUCUCCUGACCUUCCCCCUCCUCUUCACGGCCAGCAGUUCCCCUCCGUGGGGCUUUGACCACACAAUCUCCUGCCGCGAAUGUGCGGCUGGGGGAGCUGGUCUCCUGACCCCCCCCCCCCUUUCU